GAACGGGGAGGAGGAGCUCACCUGGAAGAGAGAGAAGACGCGCGGCGUGCUGAGAGGACGUGUGUGCCCGGCUGAAGAGUGACCACUGCUGCACCCGGGAAGCAGGGGAGACACAGCAGUCAUCAGCGCCGGGCGGAGAAGAGACCGCUGUGUGUAGAAGAAGGAAAGGGACGGUACCCAUGUGCGGAGGCGGAGCGCGGCGUGUAGGAGGAGACGUACCACCGCCGUGUGUGUGAACAAGAGCCGCUGUGGGGAGCGCAAUGCAGCCAGCGACAGUAAGAGACGCGACGGGACGCAGCCAGCUCCCGCUGUGAAGGGGAACCAGUGGAGCCGAUACCCCCAGCAGCCGCCCUGAGACAUGACGCAAGAUACAGCUCUAGAUAUGAAGGAUGUUGAGUUGAAUGAAAUUGACCCAGAGAAGCAGCCUAUGGCUGCUGGGGCAGAGGACCUUCCAGUUGCGGGUGAGAAGAAUGGUGUUGUUAAAGUAAAGCUGGAGGAUGAAGAUGAUGAAAUUGGCACCCGGGCCCAGAAGUUCACUGGACUGUCCAAAGAAGAGCUUCUGAAGGUGGCAGGCACCCCAGGGUGGGUGAGAGUCCGCUGGGCUCUGCUUGUCCUCUUCUGGUUAGGCUGGGCAGGCAUGCUUGCAGGAGCUGUGGUCAUCAUUGUCCAAGCCCCUCGCUGUCGUCCUUUGCCUGCAAUGGAAUGGUGGAAUAAGGGGCCUCUUUACCAGCUCGGAGAUCCUAAAAACUUCCAAGACUCUGACAAUAAUGGGAUUGGUGACAUUGUUGGAAUACAAAACAGACUGGAUUCCCUCAGCACCCUGAAAGUGAAGGGCCUGGUAAUCGGGCCACUGCAUGUCACUUCUGCAAACAGUCUUUCGGAUACUAAGCUCAAGGAAAUUGACAUACAAUACGGGACAAUAGAUAAUUUCAAAGGUCUUUUAGAAGCAGCUCGCAAAAAAAGCAUUCAGAUAAUUUUAGACCUCACUCCAAAUUACCGCGGCGAAGACGAAUGGUUUAGCAAGAAUAUGACUGCACCGGACAGUGAGCUGACAAACCAAAUAAAAGAUGCCAUGAAUUUUUGGUUGGAGUUGGGCGUUGGAGGAAUUUAUUUCAAUGGUAUUGAGGACAUGUAUGAUCCAGAUGAGCUCCUUCUGGAAUUCAGGAACAUCACCGCUAACCACAGCUCAGAUGGGAAAGCACGGGUGCUGCUUGCCUCAGCAAAUGAUCCUCACGGAGACAACGUACUGACGAUCCUCAAUAACGCAACCACUGGCAUGUUAACAACCCGCUAUUUGUUUAACAAUGCAAAUGACAAGUCUCUAGGAGAGCGCAUCAAGCAGUACCAAGAGCCUGCUAGUGACCAAGACAGGAUACUCUGGGCGGUCAGACCACGUUUGGGUCACAUGGCGUCUGUGGUACACGAGAAGUUGCUGCAUGUGUAUCAGCUUCUACUCUUCACACUUCAGGGCAUACCUUUAACUUUGUAUGGAGAUGAGAUUGGUCUUAAAGACCUGCCUGGUAAGCCUGCAUCCUCCAGCGGCCCAUAUAUGCAGUGGGAUAGUUCGAAGAACCAUGGAUUCUCUGACGGUGCAACAGAUCUAGCAUUUGAUGUCAACGAGAACAUCACAUUUAAGGCUCAGGAACAGGAUAAGACUUCCAUACUCAGUCUCUACAAACGUCUGAGUGAGCUACGAGGAAAAGAGCGGUCCCUUCUACACGGCGACUUCAGAUUGCUAGACCACACCAAUACAUCACUGGCUUUUGAGCGCAGCUGGGACCAGAAUGAAAGAUUUGUGUCUGUAGUGAACUUAGACCCAGAGAUUGAGAUAGAUGUGUCUUUAGAAAAUAAGAACCUGCCAGAGCAGUGUUCUGUGGUGUUAAGUUCAAACCCUGAACGAAAGGAGGGGAGCAGCGUUUCCCUAAAGAACAUAAAAUUAGCGGCAGGGGAAGCCUUGCUGCUUAAAUACCCUUACAGCCCUUAGCCGACCCACGAUUAGAGGAGAGGCACUUUCACAUUCCAUAUUCUGACCCUAGUUUUGCAAUGCCAAGUUGCACUUUGUUGGCUCUCCCCAAAACCUUUUCACUCCUCCCUCUCUCUCAUCCCACCAUAGCAGGGAAAUAGUUAAUGUGCACUGAAAUAGCCAUCAUUAAUGUCCAGACAUUACGCAAGAGGUUCCUUACACGCGUUAACAGCAAUAAGUGAAGUGUGCUUUGGUUUUUGUUUUGUUUAAUGAACAGUAAAUGCUCCAAAAUGUUUGCACACACUGUUGUGUAUGUGUGAAAUCACACAAAUAAUAUAGUAUUUUACCGCUCAAGUGUUUAAAGAUUUUCUGCUAUCUGGGUGUUUGGCGAGGGAAUAGUAAAAGGGGAGAAAAAUAUUCUGGUCAGAAAAUUCCUUUUAAUAAAAUUAGUGUACACGUGA